AUGGAUGACUCAAUUCAACAUCCACUUGUAGCAACACCACCUCCACGUGGUGGUAUUGAUACACCUGAUAGAACGGGUGCGAAUGCACACGGCCUUGGUAGUGAUAACAAUGCCUUUUCUUCCUCUCCUUCAUCAGCCGCUGGAGCAUCAGCUUACAAAUUUGACCCGAACUCGACGAGCGGUUCGUUUAAAGGACGAUCCAAAUCUUUGGCUUGGACAUCAUCAGGCUUACAACCACGACUUCCAGUCGACUAUCAAUUUGGCGAUGCGUAUGAGCCACGACAAAGUACGAGCAUCCCAUACAAAGCACGAUCUUGGGAACCCACAUUGGAAAGAGCUAUCAAAGCCAUCGUAUCCAUCAAGGCUAGCCAUGUUCGUAGCUUUGAUACAGAGACUUCGGGUGGAUACACUGCAACGGGUUUCAUUGUGGAUGCGAAACGAGGCAUCAUAUUGACCAAUCGCCAUGUUGUAUCGCCCGCUCCCAUUGUUGCCCAAGCCGUUUUAACCAACUAUGAAGAAGUCGACUUGAAGCCAGUCUAUCGAGAUCCUGUGCACGACUUUGGAUUCAUGCAGUUUGAUCCCACCAAAGUCAAGUUUAUGGAAAUUCAAGAGAUCGAGCUUAGCCCUCAACGUGCCAAAGUGGGUUUGGAUAUCCGUGUCGUUGGCAAUGAUGCAGGUGAAAAGCUCAGCAUCUUGGCUGGUACAUUGGCUCGUCUUGAUCGAAGAGCUCCUGAAUAUGGUGUGGGUGAAUACAAUGACUUCAACACAUUCUACCUUCAAGCUGCAUCGGGAACAAGUGGUGGAUCAUCUGGCAGCCCUGUCCUUGACAUUGAUGGCCAUGCAGUGGCGUUGAAUGCAGGUGGUGCAACACGUGCAUCUUCAAGCUAUUACCUACCAUUGGAUCGCGUCAAACGUGCUUUGCAUUAUGUACAAAAAGGAGAGCAAGUCCCUCGUGGAACACUACAAACCGAAUUUGAGUACUUGCCAUACAACGAGGUGCGACGUUUAGGUCUCAAAGCACAUAUGGAAGAAAAAGUGCGUACACGAUUUCCAGAAGAAACAGGCAUGUUGGUGGUACGAUCGUUACUUCCCAAAGGUCCAGCUGAUGGUAUGUUAAUGCCUGGCGACAUUGUGAUUGGCUGCAAUGACCAUAUGGUGCCCCAUUUUAUUUCAUUGUUUGGCAUUAUUGAUGACUCGGUGGGCAAAACAAUCAAGUUGACGAUAUCACGUGGGAAAAAGAUGCUUGACGUGGAAAUAACAGUGCAAGAUUUGCAUGAAAUUACGCCUAGUCGAUUCGUUGAAAUUGGAGGUGGCAUCGUGCACAAUCUAUCAUAUCAAUUGGCCAAGUCAUAUUCACAGCCUGUCACUGGUGUCUACGUUGCCACAUCGGGUCAUAUGCUUGCAAGUGCAAGUGCAUGGCGAAAGAGCAUCAUUAUCAGUGUCAACAACAUUCCUACACCCAACUUGGAUGCCUUCAUUGAAGCCGUGCAAACUCUACCAGAUGGUGCACGUGUCCCCAUCCGCUUUUAUUCUCUUCACAAAGCAUACAAGGAUAAGGUGAUGAUCAUGAAUGUGGAUCGACAUUGGCACAAGUUUAAGCUCGCUUCCCGAAAUGAUUUGACGGGCACGUGGGACUAUAAGGAGAUGCCACCAGCACCACCCAAUGCACCAUACCAACCAUCCACUGCGACAUUGCCACCAUUGGAUGCAUCAGCAAUGGACGUGACACGCAAACUACUUCCAUGCUUUGUUGCAAUCGACUUUUAUUUGCCGUAUUUGGUGGAUGGCAUGAAGGCUACACAAUUCUAUGGCACAGGCUUUAUUGUGUCAACGAAUCCACCCUUGAUUGUGUGUGACCGAGAUACUGUGCCUAUCAGCAUGGGCGAUAUUUUACUCACAUUCGCCAACAGUAUCAUCAUCCCCGGCAAGAUGCUUUUGCUCCAUCCAUUCUACAACUUUGCGUUGUUGACAUACGAUCCAAAGCUAAUUGGUGACACGCCUGUCGCUGCAAUCGAAUUCAGCAAUGAUGAAAAAGAAUUGGCUCAAGGCGACGAUGUAUACUUUACUGCCAUGUCGGGUGAUCACAGCAUCAAUACAAAAAAGACCACUGUGAGUGGUAUAUCCAAUAUUGGUACCCGUGAAUGUUCACCACCACGAUGGCGUGCCAUGAAUGUGGAAGGCAUCAAGAUUGAUGAUUCGUUCAAUUCACAAGGCGGCUUGCUGACAACAGAAGAAGGAAAAGUACAAGGAUUCUGGCUCAGCUAUUCAUCACAAAAUGAUAAGGGCAAGGACAUCUCAUUCAUGUCAGGGUUGUCAGCAUCGCUCGUACGACCUACAAUCGAUCGCUUUUUGGCUGGUGACACAACACCGGUGUUCAAGGGUCUUGACGUUGAAUUGUGGACGAUGCGUAUUGCAGCUGCACGUACACUUGGAUUAUCAGAUGAUUGGGUACGCAAAGUGGAACAAAGUGGCAGCACGCGUCAUACGUUGUUGUACGUGCUUAGCAUCCUCGACGAACGAAGCCCGUCUGCCAAGGUUCUCAAUGUGGGUGAUGUUAUUCUCAGCAUGAAUGGAAAUCUUGUUACACGCAUGUCCGAUCUUAUGCAUUUACAUGAUCAUGGAGAUACCGUCGAAAUGACUAUCCUUCGAGACGGCAAGGAAAUGAAUGUGACAGUGCCAAUGACUACGUUUAGUGAAUACGAGACGAAGCGUGUGGUUGGAUGGCAAGGUGCCUUGAUUCAACGGCCUUAUAAAGCUGUAUUGGAGCAAGUGCGAGAUGUACCUCAAGGCGUAUACGUUUCAUGCACGUUAUAUGGUUCUCCAGCAUCGAAUGUGUUGCGACCAGGCGUAUGGAUUGUUGAAGUCAAUGGUGAACCCAUCCAUGAUCUCGAUUCAUUCCUUGAUGUCAUGCAUGCACAUGAAGCUGAAAUGCUACGCCGUCGUCGACCAAGCUAUAUCCCUCCUGUGAGGCGUGAAGCUUCUGAACGAGAAAUCCAAUUCACCGAACAAGAUGUAUUGCGUGUUGAUAAUACCGAAGACGAUGAUGAUAACAAUGAUGAAGGAUACAUCCGCAUCAAAACAAUCAGCAGAAAUGAAACCGUGCGUGUUGCAGCUCUCAAACUUGAUCUUCAUUAUUGGUCAACUUGGCAACUCGUCCGUGAUCAAACCAAGGUGUGCGGUUGGAUGUGUGAAGAUGCAUAG